AUGUGUCAGGACAACCACAGAGCACUGAGAGCUGUGAGCGGGGCACAGGCUCCUUCCCCCAUCCUGCUUGCAGCUGCCAGGGCAGGAGUGGCAGUCCCAGAAGUCGUCUCUGCAGGUGCCGCACUGCAGGAGGGUCUCUCCCCCAUCCCCAGUGACCAGUAUAUAAAGCUGUGGGGGCCACGACAGGCCCCCCUGCUGAAGCAGGCUGUGCGAAGGAAGACCACCCCCCUGGGCUGGGGUGCUGUGGGGCAGAGCUGGCCCGGAGGGCUGAGCGGCAGGAACGAGCAGGCAGAGCAGCCCUGGUACAGCCUCACCUCCGGCAGCGCCCGCAGCUGCUGGCAGCGGGAACCCCUGCCCUCAGCUUAUGCCCAGCACCUGAAGGAGGUGGCCUGGUGGGACCCCAUCGUCCCUGCUGUGUACCUGAGACCUUGCACCCGCUGGGGGUCCAUCCUCUGGCAGGAGAAACUUAUCUCGGGGAAGGAGUACGUUGCCACCCGUAGCCAGAGCCCCCAGGCGCUGGAAGGCAGCUCAGGGUACGUCCCCCUGCUCUCCUUGUGCCGCCCCCACCUCACCACCCGGGACAUCAGCACUUGGGGCCGCCUCCACCACCAGCCCUCCACCCGCCAGUAAAUGCUCACGGUUCC